AUGGCUCCCUCUCGCGCCUUGUUCAGCUCGUCCUCGGCCUCGUCGCGCCACGUCAACAAAGCGCGUCCCGCCUCGGACGACGAGGACCUCUUCGAUGGCGACGCCUCGUACCACCGGGUCAAAAAGUCCUCCGCCCUAUCCUCCAAGUCGAGCGCGCACAAGUCGUCCUCCACCUCGGCACCUCGCUCCAAACGACCGUUGGAAGAGGAGGAAGUGCGUGCUGUCAAGAAGCCUGCCACGAACAAGCGACACGACGACGGCUCCGACAACGAAGCGAUCUCUUCGCUCUCGGACGAGCUGCUGACCGAGCGUCGGGCCUACGACGAGUGGGUGGACAAGAAGCUCUCCAAACUCACCUCCAAACGCGAGCAGAUGCUGGAAGAGCGACUCGACCGCAUCCGUGCCGAACGGGACGAGAUUCAAUCCCAAUACGAUGAGCUACGCCAACUACGCACUACUGCACCCGAAGAAGCACUCGACGAGUUCAAAAAGACCGCCGAAGCCCGCUACCGUCACGACAAGGAUCUGAUCAAUUCGUUGAAGGUCAAGAUCGAAGCGGCGGAAAAACGAGCCUCCGAAGCAGCAGGCGGGACGGUGGGAGAUCGAAGUGUGAGUAUCCUCGAUAAGAGCGUACGGGAGAGCGUGGCACCUGAAAUGGAGGAGAUGGAGAAACAACAUCGUCGCGAACUGGCAGAGGCGAUCAAGGUGCAAAAGAGACUCGAGGAAGAGGUGCGAUCGUACAAGCUACAGUUGGAACAGGAGGUGGCACAGUCCAAAGCAACCAGGUCGAUCAAUAAGCCGAGCGAGACCGCUGCAUCCACCUCGUUGGCCGCGAUGGAGGACGAAAAGGCGGUACGCAAACUCUACGAGGAUUUGACGGGACUGGUGAUCACGGGUGUGGAAUUGAUUCAGCCCCCCUCGACGUUGAGGCGCUUCAAAGCGAUUUUUGCCCAAGAGGACUACUAUUCCGUGCUCAUGGACCUCGAAGAGUCGACGAGCAAGAUCGCGGGUGGCAACAAGACCAGGGAUGACAUUGUGUACGUGCCCAAGGUGGAGGAGGAUCGGGAUGGGGAGUUGUUGGGGAGCAAGACGGUGCCGCAGGCGUGGUUGGAGGCGUUACGCUUCGAGAGGGGGAUGUUGUUCAAGUGGUAUGAGAAGACGAGGAGGGCGCUGCAGACCGACGAGGCGAAGGAGAAGACCAGGGUGAGGGAGGAGAGGGCAAGGGCGAGAGGAUGA